AUGACAAGCAAAUCUUCAAAAACCAAGGCUGGUGAAUCCUCCUCGGCUCCCAGACCUGAACCGCUGGUAUCCGACUUUGUUCCUCAGGAUUACUCGACAGUUCGAGAUUUCAAGGUUGAGAAACCUUCUCAGCAGGGGGAUCGAGGUUUAUCAAAGGCCACCAGGAUUCGAGGCCAGGAAACUGCCGAGGCCUCAGCCGACGAGCAAGACAUCGAUGCUCCCGGUCAGGGAGAUCUGAUCGUAAGGAGGAAAAGAAAAUCUUCUGAAUCAUCUCAAGCCCCGCCCCAGGCUAAAAAGAGGUCGAGGGAUGUUACUCGAGAGGCCUCUUUGGAAGGGACCCCGGCCCGCGCUCUCGAUGCGGACGUCGUCGGUCAACUACUGGAUCAUCCAGAAGAUGAUGACCAGGCUUGGGGCGAGCAUCGUUUUAUCGACAAGAUCUUCGAGCGUGAUUUACUUGGUUCUGCUGCAGCCACUCCACCGUUGGUGGAAAGCUCAAGCCGAACCCCGGGUAAUAUCUCGGGGUCGAAAGCUGGUACUUCUGCUCGAAGUGCUGAGAGACUGCCAGCUGCAGCUGCCGGAUCGAGGGCAACUUCCUCGAUGUCAGGUUCUAAGGUACCCACUAUCCCGCCCUUGUACGGUAUUGGCUCCGUUCUUCCGAUACAAGCUGUGGCCACAUCUGAAACGAUAAUUUGCAUACAGGAUUCUCCGCCGCCAUUGGUGGACAUUCCUGCCGCUGUUGCGAGAGCCAAAAGCGGGGUGACCGAGCAGAGAGCGACCGGUCACGGUGGGUACGAAAUACCGGCUCCGGGGAUGUCGGGUUUCGAGCAUCUGCGCAUCCCUGUGGCUCAGCGUUUCGGGGUUAAUUCAGGCCCCAGAUUGGAGAAGUCGUUUCCUGCCCCAAGUGUCGACCCGAGUCGGAAGAGGCUGAUUUCCUUUAAUGUGCCGGCCGAUAUGAAUAUGUUAUCGGGUCCUGUUGGGAUAUUCAGCUAUCUGUAUCCCUUGGUGUCCCAAGAGGAUCGACAGAAAAUGGCCGAGGUUAGCGAAUCGUGCCUGUUCAAUGAGGCUCAGCACGUAUUGAAUCGGGCCUCCGUGCUCCACCAUGCGAGCUUCCACCGGUUUAGGUUCGAAGUGGGUCGGCUCCAGGAAGAACUCGACGUUAAGAGUCGGGAGGUGGACGAGCUCCAGGUCUUAUAUGAAAAGGAAUUAGAGCAUAUCUCGUCUCUCCCCGAUUUCACCCUCCUUAAAUCGGAACUCGACACGGCUCGGAGUGAAGCCGCCGAAGCCAAACGCGAACGCGACGAGUUGGCCGAGAAGGUAAAGGCUUUUGAAAUUUACAAUAAGUCUUUAAUAGCCGAUGCUAACACCCUCACUUCUCAGGCCCGAGCGUAUGUCAGCCAGAUAGAUCAACUCCGUUCAGAGCUUGAUGGGAUCAAACCCGAGCUUGAUUCCCUCCAUGAAGUAACCGUCGGUGCUGUGGCCGAGCGUGAUAUUCUCCGGGAGCAACUUCGGUCGGCGGAAGAACAAAUAAAAAACCUUAGCUCAUCACUCGCUUCGGCCGACGCGGAGAGGGAUCAACUGGGCCGAGCCAUCGCCGAUUUGCAGGUUGAGCAUGGGAAGGCUCUCGAUCAACUCUCGGGUUACGACGACAUGCUCGAUCAAUAUAAGGCCGACGUGACUGCCGCCGAAAAGGCCAGUGAUCUUAGAGCCGAGUAUGAGCGAUGUUUGUCCCGUAGGAUGACCCUCGAGGAGGUUCAAGCCACUGGUGUGGAUCUGUCGAGUUUGAUCGAGGAAGCAAGAAAGCAUGAAGCAGAAGCGAAGGCUGUGUUUGAUCCCGAGGAUUCGGAUGUUGACACCGAUUCGGCCGAUGGAGAGGCCGAGGAGUCUGGUGAAGAAUAG